AUCAAAAUAUUGCCACACUGCCAGUUGAGAAGGAACUUAGUUCACAGUUUUUAAAGUUUAUAAUUAGUUUUGUAGCAUUGUGUAGUGAAUUCGACAUUCUAGAUGCAUAAUAUUGUUGAAAGAAAAAGUAAACCGUUUAUAUAAUUAACUGGUAGACAAAGUUUUCAUGUAUUAGAGAUAUGGAUCCAGAGUUUCUCUCUAGACUGAUUCCACAAAACAAAGAUCACGUUCGUCCAGCGUGUAAAAAAUGUGGAUAUGCUGGGCACCUAACGUACCAAUGUCGUAAUUUCAUCAAAGUCGAUCCAAACAAAGAGAUUGUUUUAGAUGUUAGUAGUACAAGUUCAGACAGUGAUGAAAAUUAUGUGACUCCACUGACUGAAUUACGUGAAAAGGAAUUAAAAAAAAAGCAAAAGGAGGCUAAAAAGAAACACAAAAGCAAAAAGAGCAAAAAGAAAUCUAAGAAGCGUGAAAAAUCAGAUACAAGCGACAGUGAUUCUGAAACAGAAGUUUCUAGCGAAGAAGACAAGAAGCACAAACAUAAGAAGAAGAAGAGAAAGUCGAAACACAAGAAACAUAAAAAGCAUAAGAAAAAUGAUUCAUCAGAAAGCGAUUAUGAUGAUAAGAAAAAAUAAAAUUGUAAAUACUGACUACUUGUGACUCAUAUGAUGUAUAUAAAUAAAUUUAUAUUAUUUGUAAAAGUUUA